GUUUUAAUGUUUUUUAUUCGUAUAUAACCGGAGGUGUUAGGAUUUAAAUAUGCUAAAAUUAACAAAAAUUCAACAAAAAUUAGGGAAUUACAUCCAUGGAAAUCGGCUGGAAAAAAUAUUUUCAUAUUCUACGCGGAAUAGUGGACAUUUAAGCGAGAAGCAGAAAAAUAUUUCGGAAGCCAUAAAUAACCAAAUAUUCGGGCAGCCUGUUUACUCCACGCAUCCGCAUAUGAUAAAUAAGGGCGAUCUCGUACCAGGCAUACAACUUGACGAGUUUAAGCAACGAAGAUCCAGACUUUUGUUGGGAACUCAAAAAUAUGCUGCAGAACACUUAAAGGAUAGGACAACAAAUCGAAACCAUAUGAUUAUAAUACCUUCGGCGACAAAGAAGUUUAUGAGCGAAAAAAUUCCUUAUUUCUUUCGACAAAAUACUGACUUUUAUUAUCUAUCCGGUUGCUUAGAACCAGAUACCAUACUCGUUAUGACCAUCGAUGAAAAGAGUAAUAUGAAGUCGGUUAUGUUUAUGAGGCCAAAGGAUAAACACGCUGAACUAUGGGAGGGUUCAAGAACCGGUGUUGAUUUGUCCAUAGAAUUAUUUGGAUUGGAUGAGGCAUAUGCCAGCGAUGAUUUCGAAAGUGAAAUUAAAAGAAAAAUAGAAUGUCACAAGCCUUUCAUAUGGUACGAUAGUAAGGCCUCCUGUCUUCCUAACGUCACGGAAAUAGCUAAAAAACUAAGUGGUAACUCACAUUUUGAGUCGCCUUUAAGUUUAAUACAAGGAAUGCGCCUUUUCAAAUCCCCCUCCGAACAAAAUUUAAUGAGAAGAACUUGUGAAAUAGCAUCCUUAUCAAUUAACGAAGUAAUGGGCGAAACACGCCCAGGUCUUUCAGAACACCAUGUGUAUGCGAUGGUCGAUUUUAAAUGCCGCAUGCGAAAUGCUAAUCACUUGGCAUACCCUCCCGUCGUGGCAAGUGGAAAUAAUGCCACCACAAUACAUUACAUAAACAACACACAACUUUUAAAAUCAAAUGAUAUGAUUUUAAUGGAUGCCGGCUGUGAAUAUGCGGGAUACAAUAGUGAUAUUACAAGGACAUGGCCAGUAAAUGGGAAAUUUACGGAGCCGCAAAAAAUUUUGUAUGAAGUUGUACUUCAACUGCAGAAGGAGAUGAUCGGAAAGCUUUUAAAUGAAGGAGGCCACACACUGGACCAUUUAUUCGAUUCUAUGUGUAUGGCUCUCGGUAAAUAUUUGCAAGAAAUUGGAUUAGUACCAAAGCAUAUUACGGACGUCAUUGGCCUUACAAGGGCUGGAUAUCAAUUUUGCCCGCAUCACAUUUCACACUAUUUAGGUAUGGAUGUACACGACACGCCAUUGAUGCCCAGAUCCAUUAGACUAUUGCCUGGUAUGGUAUGUACAGUCGAACCAGGAGUUUACAUAUCCAAAGAUCGAACAGACGUCCCAGAAGAAUUUCGUGGCAUUGGAAUACGAAUCGAGGACGACAUUUUAAUCAACAAUGAAAACAAAGUUGAAGUUUUAACUUCGGCUUGCACCAAAGAAGUGCAUGAAUUGGAAAACUUGCACAAAAUGAAAUGUAUAUAAGUGCUGUGCAAAUACUGCAAUCAACUGUCCUAGCCAAGUUUUUUUUUAUUAUAAUAAAAAUUGUUUGUUUUUUAUGAAUAGAAAAAGAGA